GAUGGCGUGAUCGCGUUUGACCGCAACUCUCUCAGCGGGCAAAACGUAUAUCUUAUAUUAACUUGUACCUGUCGAUAUGGACGUGAAGAUCUGGAUAUUUUGGGCCUCACGUUUCAGAAGGAUCUCUUAGUGUUCACCAAACAAGUAUGGCCGGAGUCGAGCGAUUUUACCUUGAUAUUAGCCAAGCGGCGAGGCCCUCGAAAGCAUACAUGCGUGUCGUCAAAAAGGAGGAGGUAUUCCUCUAAUACAGAGCAGAAACCAUGCAAGAGUUCCACAAUCGUUGCUGGAACAGAAGACAAUAUUUAUUUUCGGCCAGAAGAUAUAAGUUCCGACCACUUCGUGCCUUCUUUCCACCAAAGUCGCCUAAUCGCCAGACUCGGUUCACAAGCGUGUCCAUUUCGCAUAAAUUUGCCGUCGUUUACCCCAUCUUCAGUGAGUUUUCAACCAAACGGAGAUGAAACAGAAAAGUUAUGCGGCAUUUCCUACGAGAUAUCAGCAUUCAUUGGCAAGAGGCUGGCGGAUCCAAUUCCGAACAGUUGUGUUUCGAUGGUGAUACGCAAACUGACACCAGGUCCUGCGUUAUCGCAACGCCCCAUUUGUUCAACUCGGAGGACAAGUUCCAAAAUGCCUAUGCUCAGCUGCGAUGGACCGGUUAAAUUGACUGCCCUGUUGGACAAACAGGUGAAGUGA